UAUAAAAAAAAAACUUGGUUUGUCUUAAAUGUCUCCCAGGUGUUCCGCAAAAGUCUUUCAGGGAUGGAGCGGCCAAACUACACCACACAGCUUUUACUGCAGCUGAACCAGCAGCGAUCUAAAGGAUACCUGUGCGACGUAAUCAUCGUGGUGGAGAACGCUCUCUUCAGGGCUCACAAGAACGUCCUGGCGGCCUGCAGCAGCUACUUCAAAUACUUAGUGCUGCAUGAGAACCUCAUCACCCUGAACACAGAGAUGGUGAAGCCCUCAGUGUUCGACCAGGUACUGGACUUCAUGUACACAGGUCAGCUGCCUUCCUCCAAUCAUUUUGGUAACCAAGGUGUGUCUGACCUCCUCAGAGCUGCUUCCUACCUGCAGCUGUCAGAAUUAGCAGCUCUCUGUCGCUUGAAACUUAAAACCCAUGCGUCGAGCAAUUGGCACCCGUCAACCACCUCUUCCCUCAGCACCAAGCAACAUCCUCAAGUCAGCAGGAGCUUCAACUCUGGGUCCUUGGAGGGCAGAAAGAGUCCUAAAAAUGGGCUGCCAAGGACAGAUCUGUCGGAGGAGGAGGUUUUUACUUCCACUGCAGCUUGCAGGGUUGAAACAGGACUAAAGGCGACCAUAAAGGAUCGGGCUGGUAGCACAUACAGCAGCCUGCAGCAAAGCUCCCCUCGCUCCAGCACUUCUUCUUCUUCUUCUUCUGAUGAUUUACCUCUGAACUCCACCUCGGCUUCCCGUAACCCAACAUUAAAGCAGUGGUACUCAGCGAUAGAUUCGCAAACGGCGGCACAAAAGAGACCCCGAUACGGCGGGGACGAUUGUUUGGGAGGAAGCGUGGGAACAAAAGGACAGGAAGUGGAACGUGGAGAGCAGAUUGGAGCAGAUUCUUCGGAGCAGGAGGACCUGGAGAGGGUCAGAGAGGAAGAUUUGGGCCUGGAGAAAGAGCUGCAGAAAAGAGAAGAAAGUGGAAGUGAAGACGAGGAGCUGAAGGGAAACAAACACGCCAGCUAUGUUUACCACGAGCAGCCGCAGAGGUUUCAAUCUUCUGCACACGACAGCACUUAUUUGUGCAUCCCUUGUGGGAAAGGCUUUCCGAGCUCGGAGCAGCUGAUUGCUCAUGUGGACUCGCACAAAACCGAGGAUGCAGAGGAGAGAAGAUUCCUUGACGCCGAAGAGAAUCCUCCAUCAAGACCUGCUAAAGAAGAGCCAAAACCUGAUGUGACAGCGCCUCGCUUCGACUGCUCAGUCUGCGGUAAGAUCUACAUGGACGCCUCGUUGCUGAAUCAGCACGAGAGGAGCCACAGGUCGAGCCGGCCGUUCUCCUGCGACAUCUGCGGGAAGCUGUUCACCCAGCGGGGAACCAUGACGCGGCACAUGCGCAGCCACCUCGGCCUUAAACCCUUCGCCUGCGACGAGUGCGGCAUGCGCUUCACGCGGCAGUACCGCAAGAUGGAGCACAUGAGGAUCCACUCGAGGGAGAAGCCGUACCAGUGUCAGCUGUGCGGGGUGAAGUUCACACACCAACGCAGCGUCAUUGGCCACCUAAAGAUGCACCUGAUUGCAAAUCACAAAACUGAACAUUUUUAG